UCAUCGUCUUCUCCAUUUCACUUAACAGGAAGACUUUCAAGAAAACUGCAUCAUCGCAAUCCCUUAAUGGCUUUUCCUUCAUCUUCCUCUCCGUCGGAUCCCUCGAAGCGCCAGUUCGACGUGUUUGUGAGUUUCAGAGGCGCGGACACGCGUAAUACCUUCACCUCUUACCUUCUCGAGUCCCUACACCGAAAAGGUAUUGAUGCUUUCUUCGACGGGAAACUCCUGCGAGGCAAGGACAUCUCAGUUCUCUUUGACAGGAUCGAGCAAUCUAAGAUGUCAAUCGUUGUCUUCUCGGAGAACUAUGCCAACUCCACCUGGUGCUUGGAGGAACUCUGGAAGAUAAUGCAGUGCAGGGAUAAAUUUGGUCAUGGGGUUAUACCAAUCUUCUAUAAAGUCAAGAAAUCUGAUGUGGAGAAUCAGAAGGGGAGUUUUGAAGCUCCCUUCCUGAGCCCUAAGGAGUUUUUUAAGGGAGAUGGGCUCAAACUUGGGGCAUGGAAGGAAGCUCUGAGGACUGCUUCCAAUAUCCUCGGCUUUGUGCUUCCUGAGGAUAGGCCGGAGAUUGAAUUUGUUGACAAAAUAGCCAGGGAAACUUUCAGGAUGUUGAAUGCUUUGUCUCCAUGUGAAAUACGUGGGUUUCCAGGGAUUGAAUCACGUUCAAAGGAGCUGGAGGAGUUACUGAAGUUUGAUGAUGCAACCUGUAACCGUACCAUUGGAGUUCUUGGGAUGGCUGGAAUUGGCAAGACCAUGGUUGCUGAUAGCGUAUACAAACGAAACCAUCGUCUAUUCGAUGGGUACUGUUUCCUUGAAGACAUUGACAAUGAGUCGAAACGGCAUGGAUUACAUCAUUUGCAUGAGAAACUUCUCUGUAAAUUAUUGGAUGAAGAGAAUUUGGAUGUCAGAGCGCAUGGAAGAUUGGAAGAUUUUCUAAGGAACAAGAAGUUGUUUAUUGUGCUGGAUAAUGUGACUGAAGAAAAUCAAAUACAAGUUCUCAUUGGACAGCAGGAGAUGUACCGUAAAGGAAGUAGGAUUGUUAUAACUACGAGAGACAAGAAACUGCUGCUGAAAAACGCUGAUGCAACAUAUGUAGUUCCAAGAUUGAAUGAAAGGGAAGCUAUGGAGCUUUUCUGCCUAGAUGCAUUUUCGGGCAACCUUUACCCCACGGAAGAAUUUAUGGAUCUAUCAAAUAAAUUUGUUUACUAUGCUAAAGGGCAUCCGUUGGCUUUGAAGUUGUUAGGUUCAGGUCUAUGUCAGAAGGAAAAGACGUACUGGGUGGAGAAAUGGGAGAGACUAAGAGUAAUGCCAGACAAGGAGAUUCAGAAAGUGCUAAAAAGGAGCUAUGAAGAACUGGAUGAUGAACAGAAGCGCAUAUUUCUGGACAUAGCUUGUUUUUUCAGAUCAGAAAAUGCAGAUUUCGUUUCGAGCAUCCUGAAAUCAGACCGUGUCAAUGCUGCAGCUGUGAUGAAGGAGCUUGAAGAUAAGUGCAUGGUAACCAUUUCUUAUAAUCGGCUUGAGAUGCAUGAUCUUAUGCAUACAAUGGGGAAGGAAAUUGGAUAUGAGUCAUCCAUCAAAAGGGCAGGCAAACGUAGUAGGUUAUGGAACCACAAAGAUAUUCGCUAUGUGCUGGAGCAGAAAACGGGAACUGAAUGUGUUAGAGGCAUCUUCUUCAACAUGUCUAGUAUCGAACGGAUCAAGCUAAGUCCUGAUGUUUUCAUGAGGAUGUCGAAUCUCAAAUUCCUGAAAUUCCACAAUUCUCAUUGUUCUCAGUGGUGUGAUAAUGAUCAUAAAUUUCAGUUCUGCAAAGGGCUUGAUCACUUUCCAGAUGAGCUUGUGUACCUUCACUGGCAGGGCUAUCCAUACGGUUGCCUGCCAUUAGAUUUCAAUCCAGAGGAACUUGUCGAUCUUAAUCUGCGUUAUAGCCACAUCAAACAACUGUGGGAAGAUGAGAAGAAUACAGAAAAUUUAAGAUGGGUCGACCUCAGUUGGUCAAAAGACUUGCUGAAUUUAUCAGGUUUGUCCAGGGCCAAAAAUCUUGAAAGAUUGGAUCUCGAAGGCUGUACGAGUUUGGUUCUAUUGGGACCAUCAAUUGAACAGAUGAACAAACUUAUUUACCUGAACCUUCGAGAGUGCACAAGCCUUAAAAGUCUCCCAGAAGGAAUCAAUCUAAAAUCUCUCAAGACUCUGAUCCUCAGUGGCUGUUCAAACCUUCAGGAGUUUCAUAUUAUAUCAGAAAACAUUGAAUCACUUUAUUUGGAAGGCUCAGCAAUUGAACAAAUUGUUGAACACAUCGGGAGUCUUUGCAACCUUAUUUUGCUGAAUCUCAAGAAUUGUCGCAGGUUGAAGUAUCUUCCCAACGAUCUUUACAAGCUGAAAUCUCUUCAAGAACUGAUUCUCUCUGGUUGUUCAGCGUUGGAGAGUCUUCCACCCAUCAAAGAGGAGAUGGAAUGCUUAGAGAUUUUGCUUAUGGAUGGAACAACCAUCAAACAGACACCUGAAAAGAUUUGUUUGAGUAAACUCAAGAUGUUUUCGUUCUGUGGAUCUAGCAUCAAAGGUACCACUGGGUUGAUAUUGUUGCCUUUCUCAGGCAGCUCCUUUUUAUCGGACCUCUAUCUCACGAAUAGCUAUAUCGACAAAUUGCCAGAUAACUUUAGCUCCUUUCACUCGUUACGGUGUCUAUGCUUAAGCAGAAACAAUAUUGAGACUCUACCUGAAAGCAUUAAGAAACUUCAUUGCCUGUGGUUGCUUGACCUGAAACAUUGCUGCAAGCUCAAUUCUCUUCCAGUGCUUCCAUCUAGUCUACAGUAUGUAGAUGCUAACGGGUGUGUUUCUCUGGAAAAAGUCGCAAAACCAGUGACACUUCCCCUAGUAACUGAUAGGAUGCAUACUACUUUCAUUUUCACGGAUUGCUUCAAGCUGAACCGAUCUGAGCAGGAAGCUAUUGUUGCGCAGGCCCAACUCAAGAGUCAACUACUGGCAAGGACAUCUCUUCAACAUAAUCAUAAGGGACUAGUUCUAGAGCCUCUGGUUGCUGUUUGUUUUCCAGGAAAUGACAUACCCUCAUGGUUCUGCUAUCAGAGAAUGGGAUCUUCAAUAGAAACCGACCUGCUUCCACACUGGUGUAACAGUAAAUUUAUUGGAGCUUCCUUAUCUGCUGUUGUCUCCUUCAAGGAUAAUGAAGGUCAUCAUGCCAACCGUUUAUCUGUAAGAUGCAAGUGCGAGUUCAAAAAUCAAAACGGUCAGUCUAUCAGCUUUAGUUUCUGUCUUGGGGGAUGGAACGAGUCAUGUGGAUCAUCUUGCCAUGAACCACGGAAACUUAGAUCUGAUCAUGUGUUUAUCAGUUAUAACAACUGUAGUGUGCUAGUCUUUGAAUGGAGGGAAAAGAGUAAUGACAGUAAUAGAUGUCAUCCUACUAGCGCCUCUUUUGAAUUCUACCUUACCGAUGAAACUGAAAGGAAAGUAGAAUGCUGCAAGGUGAUAAGGUGUGGUAUGAGUUUGUUAUAUGCUCCAGAUGAAAAUGACCGUGGUUUCCAGGGAAUACGGGUUACAGACACUGUUGAGCGUACAUCUAGCGAGGCUCUUGUGACCAUUCGAGGUCAGUCCCACUCACGGAUUGAAGAAAGAAAAAAUGGUAAAAUAAGAGAUGAAAUCCUGGAUGUGAGUAUUACCUCCAUAGUUAGAGGUCCCGGGUCUUGAAUAGAAAACGAAAGGUAUGAGUAACCGAGUUUCAAUUUUUUGCUUCCCGGCUAAAGACCUUUGGGUUUAAGUAACUCUGAACAACAAUAGGAGUAUGCUAACGAUGAUUUUGUGAGAGGUAAACUUGAGCUUACUGUUGAGAUUGAAAUCAGGAGAUUGGAAAGUUUUGUCACAGGAAAACCUAUUACGUUUCAAGGAUUUUCACCAGAAGUGCGUCCCCGCAGAUGAGGAUAGCUUUUUAUGGGAUGCUAUGGAGAAGGACAAAGCUUUAGCAAAGGAUCUAUCAAAACUCACUUUAUGAAUCAUCACUCUAGCUUGUUCUUUUAUAUAUCUUUAUCCUUGGACAGACUUAUAAUAUGUUGUCUCAGUUUUAUCAAAUCCCUUUGUGGCACUGCGUAAAGGUCGAAUGAUUAUUACAAAUGAUGUUAUCAUCAAACUGUAAAUUAAACCACAGAACAACAAAAGACAAGAAAAGAAAAACAGUUUCGGUCUAUAAUAAAUUUGAAAUGAUUUAA